UCUCCUAUCGGCAAGGUUCUGGGUGGUUGAAAGAAGGAGAAAGAUUAAACACUAGACUACUGCUAAAAAUAAUUAAUCCUACAGUAAGAGAUUCUUACUAUCCUAAGAAGCCUUCUUCUUAAGCCCCCAGCCAACUACACCAACAAAUUAUAAAACAAGAAAAACUACGCAGACGAGGAAAACCGGUUGGAUUCACCAGAAGAUUUUUUUUAUUUUAUUUUUUGCAUUUUUGACUGAUAUAGGAAUGAAAUUAUAAGAAUGUUUGAAGAGCAUCAAUUUAACACAAGGAUAGCCCUGGCAAGGUGAAAGCAUGCAGUGCUGGUUAACGUGGAGGAAAAAUGACAUGCCUCCGAAGACACGCAUGUUAUUAAGCUACUGUUAUAUAAUGAAGCUUUGCUAACUUCUGACAGCUCUUGGACUAAGACGACGUAGAGCAAAGAAAAUCUGACUUCAGCUGUGCACACGUUAUCCUUUAGAGAUCACCUUCUUUCAAAUGAACUCAUCAAGAGUAUUUUCACAGAGCCACUAACGGAAUUUCGAAAAUUAGUAUCGUAGCCGGACAUCUAUUAUUAUUAUUAUUUUUUUAUAGGAACGUUUUUCGGAGUUGUUACACAGGGUUGACUGUUGCGGGAGAUGCUGGUCUGUAUUUGGAUACUAUGAUUUUGCGCAGAUUGUACCAGAUCUCGACAUCUCAAGAGUUGUCUAUCUAACGCGUUUGGCGAACUUGACUAUCCCAAUGGAAGACACAGACUUAGCCAAGGUCACUCCAUCUUUAUGGCUCUGUGAUAUCAACCGUGGAUCUGAUUUAAGGUUAUCAACACUCAGUACUAACUAGUAGUCUGGAUGGUCCAGGCUAAAGAGUCUCAAUGCCUUUAUUGUCCUUAAGAUGAAGGUAUGGAAGAGGACAGCCCCUGCUUUGAUGCUCCUCUGUGCUGUGUUGUCCCUCUUGAUCUGCAAAGAAGUCUUCUUCAGGAGUUGGAAAUUGAGUUCAGCCUCCUCUUCCUCACGAUCAGCCAUGGUUUCAUCACUGAAAGGGCAUCGAAGAUACCCACGAGGCACAGAACGCAAGCAGCCAAUGCUUUCACAAUACACUGCUCUCUUCGAAAGCUACACACAAGGCGAGAUUCGGGAGCUUGUUUCAACUCUGGUGGAGAGAUACAGUCAGGCAGUGCACUCUGGAGACGAUCCAAAAAAUGGAGCAAGAAUGAAGAGGGCCAGAGUUCACAAACAACCAUGCACAGUGAAGGAGCUAGAGGUGAGCGUCAGCGAGCUGGGUCUAGGAUACGUAUCCGACGAGACCGUCCUAUUCCGCUAUUGCAGUGGAACCUGCGAUGCUGCUGUGCGCAACUACGACUUCUCGUUGCAGAGCAUCCGAGGCAAAAAGAAGAUCAAAAAAGAGAAGGUACGGGCGAGGCCCUGCUGCAGGCCACUGUCAUACGAUGAUGAUAUCUCCUUCCUUGACUCUAAAAAUCAUUACCACACUAUCAAAGAGGUAUCUGCUAAGGACUGUGGUUGUGUCUGACUAUUUGGAGAGAAGACAUAAUCAACUAUGGCAUUAUCACACGCCUGGCUUCCUCUGGAGAGUCAGUACUUCAUUCAGGGCCCAGGAUGACCAAUGGCAACAGGAGUUUGAAAUAUCGUUUUCAUUUCUACCUCACUUAUUUUUCAGUGGAAACUCUUGGAGCAAAUAAACGUCUUGUGUGAUAGAAAAAAGAUGGCCUUCAGAUUGGGAUGUUUCAUACCACCUACAGAGAGAUACUUGAAGCAUUCCAUUACUGAGAUUCCGCAUUCUACCACUACGUAAAAGAACAUGAAGGAGCAGCAUCUGCAAGACAUAUAAUACUAAUAUAUGGAAUACAAAUAUAGUGAUGUGUUCUCUCAGGCUUCGCCUUUUUUUGAUGACCAAACUGCAAGAAAAAUCCAAGGUGCAGUUCAAUGUCGUGGAAGUAAAACAUUCCUCCCUUCUGGCAGACAGUCUCUUUCCAUUAAUAAAGGGUGUUUUUUGUAAUAUCUAAAAGAGACUUAGAGUGUCGGAGGUGAUGCAGAAGUCGAACCACCAAAAAUCUGUCUUCAUAUGUCUUAUGACAAGUGAACACUACAAGUUGUGUUGUCCAUUCCUAUGCAGAUAAGGUAUGGUAACCUUAUCACGGAACCUCUAAGACUAUCUGUGCCAACAUCCAAGUUCAUUCACUUACCAUAUGGAUUUGACUUGUUAUAUAUGCGUGAAUUAUUUUUACAGUCAAAAACCUAAAGAAUUAUAAAGAUCACAGGUUAUCAGCAUUAUUUAAUUGUAUACAUAUAUGUCUUGUCUGAAAAUGUCCAACAAUACCUGUAAGUGUGGGUCAAAUUUACUCCCAUAAUGGUAUUACAUUUGAGUAUUAUCGAGUUCUUUUAUUACUUUCUAGGGUCUCAUUGCAAAGUGUUGCACAAGAGUGACGUGAAGCUCAUAGUUACACGUGAUGCUACAAUCUUUGGUACGGCCCGGAUUAAAUGAUGGCAUGAGUUUCACAUUCCACAUCAAAUAAUUAUUACAGUAUUCUCUAUUCCAGAAUCAAUGUAUGUUUUAUGACCUAUAACUAAUGCAAAACCUUUGUGCGGAAAAAAACAAAGAAUUACUCGUAAGAUCACACCAGGGGAAAAAUGCGUUAUCUUCUCUCUUCGAUAAACAUGUAAAAUAGCAUUCAUUAUCUGGUGGUAGGGGAUCAUGCUAUAAGAUAAGAAAAGUAAGUAUUUCUCAUAGGGCUAUGGUUUUUAAGAAGGGGAGGUAGGAGGGAGACUUGCUGGUGAGAGUCAGUUCUUCCCUACUACAUUUAUCUUACAGUGGAUGGUUAAUUCCUUCACCACUUCGGUCAUCUUAUAUUUUUGGUCCAUCCUCUAUGCUUCAGUCCACUAUGGACUCAGGGCUGGCUUAGGGAUAUAACAUCAUGGAGCAGCGUUGGGAUAAGAUAUCAUUGCUGCAUGGGGUUUGAACCUUCCCCACCUCCAUUGUUAUGCCAGUGGUCUAGGCAGAUCAUCUGGAAGAAGAUGGUUUUAGAUAUGUCUGUCACUUCAUAAUUCACAUUCAGUUGUGAUCUAAUAGUAUAUUAAACCCUAGCACUGUCUGAGCCUUUCCUGACACUUUGAAGCUCAGCAACUAAAUGCAACACCUACAUCAUAGAGCAACCCAGCAGUGCCUAUGCCUGUCCCGAUUAACUCGAAACAGGUUACCUAAUAUUAUGUAGAUACCCAACACUGUCUGAGCCUGUCCUGAUAAUCUGCAAACAAGAAUUCAACCUGCAUUGAAUUAAAACAUAGGACUGUUUGAACCUGUCCCGAUGACCUGCAGGCAGGAGGCUACCUAUCAUUAAAUAUAAACAAGCACUGUCUGAGCCUGCCCCUGAUUAUAAUUUGUUAGUCCCCGCAGCACUACUAAAUGUAUUGCCUGCCCUCUAGUGGUACUAAUGAAGAAUAUCACUUGUUUUAUUUUUGAAUUUGGAAAGCAAAUACUUUGACAUCUCGCUACUUUUUUUAACCAGUAUAUUAUUACUAUAUAUUUAGACAGUACUGGGUUUAUAUCAAGUAUAGGAUACCCUCCUGACUGCUGAGUAUCUGGUUUAAUACCAAUGUUGGACUUGGAAACAUAAGUCCUUGGUUGAAUAGUGAAUUAGUUUAUUUAUUCUUCUGAUUGUGAUGCUUCCUUAAUACCAGGUUGUGAUCAUGAGGUUUUAUUUAAGAUACGUUUUAAGAAGUUUAUACCCUAACCUAGACAUUGGCAUGGGAAUUAAAUAUGUUAACCUAUAAUUGUCAAACUGGUUAAAUUCUCCAACUCACCUAUUUGGCUCACCAUACCACGUUAAGAUUAAACAUGUAAUAUUGUUGUGAUUAAUGUGAUCCUCUGCUGAAUAUUUAGCGCAACCUAUGGCUUGUGGUCCACACCAGGACUGACCCCUGCAAUACAUCAGCUCUACACCUUAUCUCUUGAAAUACAGGGCAUCAGACCCGCUAUCUACCCCUGUCACACCAGAGAUCCGAGCGGCACAGAAAUCUAUUCACAGCUCUGGAUGGUUCAGAUUGUAGCAAUGCAUGAUAUCACUACAGAGCAGGCCGCGAGGGAGCUGUGUGUAGAACUAACGCUAGCUGCUACUCGUUGCUCCCUCAUACCACCAGAUGGUUCGGCCUCAUUAAUAUACGCGCACAGCCAAUGCAUAGCACAUUUUAAUUUGUCUUCUGUGUCUGUAUGAGUGUGUAUAUUAUGUCUGUAUGAUUGUGUAUGACUGCCUGUAUGCCCAGCUGUAUGGCUAUUUGUAUGUGUUUAUAAGAAAGUAUGACUGGAUCGCUGUGUCUCUAUGUCUGUAUGACUGUUUGUAUGAGUGUUUCUGUGUGUCGGUAUGACUGUUUCUAUGAGUGUGCCUGUGUCUCUAUGUCUGUAUGAGUGUUUCUGUGUGUCGGUAUGACUGUUUAUAUGAGUGUGCCUGUGUCUCUAUGACUGUUUGUAUGAGUGUUUCUGUGUGUCGGUAU